AAAGAGAGACCGAGUGAGAGAGAGAAAGAAAGAGAGAGAGAGAGACAGCUAAAGUGUGAGAGAGAGAAAACAAGGGAGGAAGGCAGAAAGGCAGAAAGGAGGAAGCGCGAAAGGACUUAGAAGCAUUAGAAGACUUAGCCAACCACACAGUCUCCAUCUCGUCUCCAUCGCCGACGACGAUGAUUAGCGCCUUAAACACCGACGCCACGGAUCGCCUGCAAUCAGCUUCCGCAAACGGUCACGCGUCGGCCGCGACGUGGGAGACGUCGUCGGCUGCGUGCCAACCGUCGGCCGCUUCGUGGGAGUUAACGAGGUGGGAACCGUCGGCCGUCGUCUGCUUGCUGUGCGGCGCGCUCAUCUCCGUCGCUCUGGCGCUGAUGCGCUCGUACAGGCCGCCGGCAAACCUCUACUCGUUCGCGACCGUAGUUAUCGGCAUGAGCCUCGUUCCCAGCUGCCUCGCGGUGUUUGCGGAUGACACGCUACCGGCGGCUGCUGUCCGGGAACCGAGUAGUUUGCCGUUCGCCGAAUCCCUGCCGAUUCUCGCAGCGGCGCUCGGCUCGGUGUUCUCCGCGAGAAUCUGCGUCGUCGUCGCCAUAGUGAUCGGCGCGUUCCUCGCGCUGAUGCCGGCCGCGUGCCGCACGCCAAACUUCCCGCCGGGUCCCGCGGGGCUGCCGAUACUCGGAAACCUGCUGUCACUCGGCACGAAGCCCCACCUGGCGCUGGAGAGGCUGGGACGCAGGUACGGUCCGGUGUUUCACGUGAUGAUGGGCAAGCAGCCGAUGGUGGUCGUCACCGAUUACAGGCUGAUACGCGAGGCGUUCAGCCAGCCAGCGUUCUCCGGCCGGCCGGACAUGUACCUGUUCAGAGCCAUCUACGAGGGAACAGCUUCAGAGGCAUUCUUCCCCGGCAUCAGCUUCGCGCAGGGUCACCUGUGGAAAGUUCACCGCAAGUUUGCCAUGUCCGUCAUGAAGUCCUUAGGAGUGGGCCACAGUCGUCUACAGUCACUUAUACAGGGAGAGGUGGAUGUACUAUUGAACAAGCUCGCAGCUUACGAUGGUGAACUGAUAGACGUUCACGCCGACCGCUCGCUGGCCAAGUCCGCUGCUAACGUAGCGGCGGCACUAGUAUUUGGAAGGACACUCGAUCAUGAGGACCCAGCCUUCCACAACUAUGUCGAGAUCAUGGAGGAGGGUUUCUCGUUGAUCGGAGUUGGCAGCAUCCUCAACUUUUUUCCCUUGCUUAGGUUUGUGCCGGGGCUCAACUAUUCCCUGAAGAAGCUGCGACAAAACUCCGCCGUAACAGAUGCGUACUUUGAGGAGUUCAUCCGCGAGCACAGGGCCACCUACGAUCCGGUGACGACGCGUGACUACGUCGAUGCGUUCCUGCGUAAACAGGAGGAGGACGGAGGAGAAACCUUCUCAGAUAUCAAGCUGGUUCAUAUAAUCGGAGACCUGUUUGGCGCCGGCUACGUGACCAUACAUCAGACGAUCCUUUGGGGCAUCUUGCUACUCUGCAUGCAUCCGGACGUGCAGCUCAGAGCACAGGCGGAGAUCGAUGCAAUCGUUGGCCGAGAUCGUCUGCCAGGGUUCGAAGAUCAGCCGCAUUUGCCGAACACCGAAUCCACAAUCCUCGAGAUACAGAGGUAUGCGAACUUGCUUCCCAUGGGGAGCCCACACGCCACCACCGAGGAGGUGCAGCUGGGGGGCUACACCAUCCCCGCAGGCACCACGGUGGUGGGACUGCUGUGGUGUGUGCAUCGCGACCCUCGCGUCUGGAAGCUAGCCGAUGAAUUCAGCCCCGACAAUUUCCUGCAAGAUGGAAAGGUGUUUAAGCCCGAGGCAUUCAUGCCCUUCUCCAAAGGACGACGCGAGUGUCUGGGAGGGACACUCGCAAGACAGGAGUUGUUUCUUUUCAUCUCGGCUCUCUUGCACCGCUUCACGUUGAGCCUACCAUUGGGAGAAGCCACGCCUUCUCUUGAGGGAGACAUCGGCGUAACGAGAGUCCCACCAUCCUACAGAGUCUGCAUGACCCCUCGCUGACCUCAAUGGCCACUUACAUCACGAGGUGGAUGCGACAGGAUUCUAUCUAUUUCAUCACAUCAGGUGUUAAAUAAUGACAAAUUUGCCAAUAUUAACCCCUGAUCACAUGCGAUCAAGUAUAUCGCUAUUAAACUUUACUAUCUCGCCAAACCAUGAUCCCCUGUAGAUUGCCUACGUGGACGUAUAAUGAGUGUACGGUGACGUAUAAAGUACAUAAGCCACAGGUAUUUUAUGUACGCUAUUUUCCUUUUAUUUUUUACGACACAUAAUUAUAUAUACGUAGAAUUUACCUGAAAAUUUCGCGUUUUGGUUUUGCCAAUUUACAUAGUAUGAAUAUCACUGCUGGAUGUGGAUGGCUGUUUUGUGUCUGGUCGCAAACAUCCUGACUCCAAUUAUCGAUAAUACGGAGGCUUGGUAAGGACCAUAAGCCAGCUAUUGCUGAUAUGUGACAGCAGAGUGGGCGAUUUGUAGUUUUUAAUAUGCUUUGCACAGUUUCGGUGGCAGCAACUAUUUCUGAACAUCGAUUAUUGACUACAAGGCCAGCUACUAAUUACAAUACUCCUAGCCAACGACGAUUCCUUUGAUACAAUGUUUGGGCGCUUAUUUACAUGCUGACUCAAGUAAUUAUUCGUCAAAUGUUUCACGAUGCAUUUGAUACAAAUGACAUCAGGGGUAACAUAAUAUAUGACACUUUAUGUUACUCUUGAUGGCACGAAUAAUAUGCGUUUGAUACAUAAAUCACUUUUUCUGCACCA